GCGGCGGCGGCAGCAGCGGCGGCUGGGCCGGGAGAGGCUGGCGCGCCGGGCGGCUCCGCGAAUCCUCCGGCAUCCGCCCCGGCGGGUCGCCCCCGCCCGCGGCAGCCCCCCGAGCAGCGGCCCGGCACCGGCGCCUUCCCGGCGGGCAGUGAGAGUGAGUCAUGGAGCUGCGCGUGGGAAACAAGUACCGCCUGGGACGGAAGAUCGGGAGUGGGUCUUUUGGAGACAUCUACCUGGGUGCCAACAUUGCCUCUGGUGAAGAAGUUGCCAUCAAGCUUGAGUGUGUGAAAACGAAGCACCCACAGCUGCAUAUCGAGAGCAAGUUUUACAAGAUGAUGCAGGGAGGAGUGGGAAUCCCAUCCAUCAAGUGGUGCGGAGCCGAGGGGGACUACAAUGUGAUGGUCAUGGAGCUGCUGGGGCCCAGCCUCGAGGACCUCUUCAACUUCUGCUCCCGCAAGUUCAGCCUCAAGACGGUGCUGCUCCUGGCCGACCAGAUGAUCAGCCGCAUCGAGUACAUCCACUCCAAGAACUUCAUACACCGGGACGUCAAACCUGACAACUUCCUCAUGGGGCUGGGGAAGAAGGGCAACCUGGUGUACAUCAUCGACUUCGGCCUGGCCAAGAAAUACCGGGAUGCCCGCACGCACCAGCACAUCCCCUACCGGGAAAACAAGAACUUGACUGGCACUGCCCGCUACGCCUCCAUCAACACCCACCUGGGCAUCGAGCAAAGCCGCCGAGACGACCUGGAGAGUCUGGGCUACGUGCUCAUGUACUUCAACCUGGGCUCCCUGCCCUGGCAGGGCCUCAAAGCAGCCACCAAGCGCCAGAAGUACGAGCGCAUCAGUGAGAAGAAGAUGUCGACGCCCAUCGAGGUCCUCUGCAAAGGCUACCCCUCCGAGUUCUCCACAUACCUCAACUUCUGCCGCUCCCUGCGGUUCGAUGACAAGCCUGACUACUCGUACCUGCGUCAGCUCUUCCGUAACCUCUUCCACCGGCAGGGCUUCUCCUACGACUACGUCUUCGACUGGAACAUGCUCAAAUUCGGCGCAGCCCGGAACCCCGAGGACGUGGACCGGGAGCGGCGAGACCACGAGCGCGAGGAGAGGAUGGGACAGCUCCGGGGGUCCGCAGCCCGAGCCCUGCCCCCCGGCCCGCCCGCGGGGGCCACCGCCAACCGGCUCCGCAGUGCUGCCGAGCCUGUGGCUUCCACCCCAGCCUCCCGCAUCCAGCAAGCUGGCAAUACUUCUCCCAGAGCGAUCUCACGAGUCGACAGAGAGAGGAAGGUGAGCAUGAGGCUACACAGGGGUGCGCCUGCCAACGUCUCAUCCUCCGACCUCACUGGGCGGCAAGAGGUCUCCCGGAUUUCAGCCUCACAGACAAGCGUGCCAUUUGACCAUCUCGGGAAGUGAGGAAGAGCCACCAUCGGACCAGUAUUUGCUUAGUGUCUUCACUGUAUUGUCUUUUAAAAAACAACAACAAAAAGAUGGGGAAAAAAACCACUCAAAAGAACAAAAAGAAAAAAACCCAGCAUAAAACCGACGAUGGAUUUUCUUUUCUUUUUUUUCUUUCUUUUUCUUUUU